UCCACCAUUUUGAGCAAAGGUCGUCCGCCAUCUGCCUUCGUUUUGGCGUAUCCCCAGUGGCCAUACCAUCUUCAUGCUCUAAAGAAUCUCACCAUUUCGGGCAACUCUAAAGAACCCUCUCUUCUUUUAGCCUCUACCUGUUAUGCGCGACUACGACAGAGGCGAUGCUUUGUUCUUUCCGGAGUUUGACAACCGUUCAAGGUAGCUGUAGAUAGUAGAUCGUUGGACACGCUGGUUCGCUGCACUAAAAAGGUAUGGAUAUAGCUCAUUGCCACCUUGAUGGAAAUGCCGAUGCUGUGGAGUUCUGUCCACAUGAAUCUUUUCACAACGUUCUUGCCGCUUGCACCUAUACUUUACAAGAAGGAGAUCAGCCUAGUAGAACUGGCAGUAUAUCCCUCUUUGAUGUUGAUGCUGAAUCCAGUCGACUUAACUUGACACAGAGAGUACAAACAGCUGGUAUUUUUGACAUAAAAUGGAGCCCAGUUGGUGGAAAUGUGGGCCCAUCACUUGCUCAAGCUGAUGCUAAUGGUUAUGUGAGAGUUCACAGACUUAAAUCUUGUUUAGAUGGAUCAGAUAUUCCUGGGAAUCAUUUGCUAGAGCUAUGUGAUGAACAUGUCAGUUCCUCUAUGUGCUUGUGUAUAGACUGGAACCCAUCCGCUACAUCCCUCGCUGUGGGGCUUUCGGAUGGGUCAGUCUCAAUAAUUUCACUCCUUGAGUCUCAACUAAGCAUUUCUAGAGACUGGAAAGCACAUGACUUUGAACUUUGGGCUGCCUCUUUUGAUAUUCACCAACCACAGCUGGUGUACACAGGGUCAGAUGACUGCAAAUUUAGUUGCUGGGAUUUGCGAGAUGAUCCAUCUAACUUGGCAUUCCAAAAUAGAAAGGUUCACACAAUGGGGAUUUGCUGCAUUACUAAGAGUCCAAGUGAUCCUUACACCUUACUCACCGGUUGCUAUGAUGAACACCUAAGGGUAUGGGAUGUAAGAUCAAUCUCAAAACCUGUACAUGAGACAUCAAUCUCCUUAGGUGGAGGAGUUUGGAGAAUUAAGCACCAUCCUUCUGUACCUAACCUAGUCUUGGCAGCUUGUAUGCACAAUGGAUUUGCAGUUGUUAAAGUUAAAGGGGAUACAGCUGAAGUAAUUGAAACCUACAACAAACACGGUUCCCUGGCAUACGGAGCUGAUUGGCAAAGAGGUUUAGGGAGGAACGGUAGGGGUAAGAAUAAUGUCAUUGCUACUUGCUCGUUUUAUGACCAGCUUCUUCGUGUGUGGAUACCAGAAGGUGAUAUUCCUGAAUGUGACACCGUGUUGUAGAAUAUGCUUUACAGGAAACAACCAAAAACAAAGUCAAUUUCUUGAGGUGUGUGAGCCUGUGUCCACUGUAUUAUGGAAUUUCAAAUUGUAUUUCUGUGUUUGGUGACUAAUAUUUAUGGCUCUGUUUACACAAUUUACAGCAAUCUAAAGCAGAGGGCUAUUAUGCUAAAGUGGCUCAAUAGUUUCUCUGGCCUCCAUCACUCUGCUCAUGGAA